CGAAUGAGCACAAGCCGGACGACACAACACCCGAACCCAAUCAACGAUUGCAUGAGACAGAGGGGGAGACCCCCGACCCGGGCCUACCGAUUAGCGAGAGCUCAUUACAUAAGCAUGAAUUGACUAACAAGACUAAUGAAUUGACAGAACCAGAAAGCGGACUGGCGGGCACUCUAUCCAAAAUCCAUUUGACCGAAGAGUACGGCGGCAUUGAAGAGUGUGGCGGCAAUCGGGACGAGUUUGCGAGACAGAAGGCGUGGGAAAGCGGACAAAUCGAUUACUUGGGAACCGAUUCGUUCGCCAACAUCCUGAAGAAGAUCAACGAAGCCAUCAACGCUCCGGAGGCCAAGUAAUACCCGUCGGUGUCUUGUUUUUAAGUGCCUUUAGUAACCAUUUUUCAUUAACUUAAUUAAUAAAAACUAUAACACAUUUUUAUUUGUGCCAAAAGUUUAAUUUCUUUGUGUAAUAUUUAUAAAUAGUUUGUAAAAUGUUUUUAACAUUCUUUGAGAAUCUCUAGUAAUUUGUGUGAAAAAUAUUGUUUUAAAAACUAGUCUUUGUUUUAAUAUUUGAAAAUAAAUUAAAUUAU